UCUUUUAGUUUUUAGCUCAGAAUUUUGGAACCAAUCUUCAAGUUCAUCCCCAGGCUGUUCAUUUAUAAUUUAUCUCAAACUUUAGACCUAUACUUGAAUUCUGAAUUACGUUGGAUUACAGUUUUUGAUAAAUUUUAGAUAAAAUUGAUGUAGAAGAACCCACUGUAAAGAACCUUGGUGAAGUAAUCUUGAUCACAAUGGCUUGGAGAUCCCAUGGGAGAAGUAAUGCAGAGAUGGUUCAGCACCUGAAAAAAAAUGGGAUAAUCCACAGUGAAGUAGUUGAAAAAACAAUGUUGUCUUUGGACAGAGCCCAUUACUCCAAAAGUAACCCAUAUAUGGAUUCUCCACAAGGCAUAGGAUAUGCUGUUACUAUUAGUGCCCCUCAUAUGCAUGCACAUGCCUUGGAAUUAUUGAAAGAUCACCUACAUGAAGGGGCCAGGGCACUAGAUGUUGGCUCAGGGAGUGGUUACCUCACAGCUUGCAUGGCUCUGAUGGUGGGAGAAACAGGCUUGGCUGUAGGCAUUGACCACAUAGAAGAACUUGUAAAUAUGUCUGUAGAAAACAUCAAAAAAGAUAAGCCACAGUUGUUGGAAUCUGGACGAAUCAAAAUGGUUGUUGGUGAUGGAAGAAAAGGCUAUGCAAAUGAAGCCCCCUAUGAUGCAAUCCAUGUUGGUGCUGCUGCAGCUCAGCUACCAAAUGAUCUUAUUGCUCAGCUUAAACCUGGUGGUCGACUGAUUGUACCAGUGGGGAAAGAGGGACAUAACCAACUAUUAGAACAAAUAGAUAAACUUCCUAGUGGGGAGAUCAAGAAGACAUCUUUGAUGGGUGUAAUCUAUGUACCUUUAACAGAUAAAGAAUCACAGUGGCCUGGCAGGUACACAAAAUGUGAACUGUAGGAUUUCCCAGGUUUCCAGCUUCUGCCUUAUGCACAAUUGGAAAGGUAAUAGUGCUUCUCAAAAAGUUGUUUGAUGCCUGACUAGAUGUCCUGUUAUCAUUUUGCCUUCUGCAAGUCUGCUUUAUGCUCAAACAUUACAUUAUUUUUUACAAGUCUCCCUAUUCUGGAUAGUUAGUUUUGAAAGUCUUGAGCUAUUUAGAUAAAUCAUUACAAUAUACUGUUAAGAAAGUAUGAGCAAAUGUUUUGAUGCUGUAGAGCAUAAGGAGCUAAUCCUAACUUAUAGUUAAUGUUACACAAUAUUACUUGAAGUUACAAUUAUACAAACUUUCAACUAUCUAAACAAACAACCUUUACUGCAUCUGCCUCCAGCAAACAGCUUAUCUAUUUUAGAAGGGAUUAUUUGCAGAGUUAAUUCUGUAUUUCAUUGUUUGGAAAUAAAUUAUUAAUUCAUACAUUA